UUGGUUGACUGUUUUACGUACGAGAUGUGGGCUGUUUUCUUCAGUUUUUUCCUCGCCGGCGUGAACUUUGUUUGGGGACUGGACACUCAGACCUUUGAUGGAGAAGUACGAGACUUUGCCGUUGGUGACACCUUUGUUUAUGUUGUCACGGAUUACCGAUUGUACCAACUGAACCAUAAUUUUACCAAUGUUACGACGAGGGAAGAGCAUAAUUUUAGGGUAAACAUUUUACUGCCAUUCAUUAAAAACAAGACCCUGAUCACUUGUGGAUCCAAGACAUGCGGCUACUGUGAAAUACUCGAUCUCAACAACAUUUCUAAAUCUGUACACUUUGAGGAUAUUUUUGUUGGAUCUUCAAAUCGUAGCAGUUCGAUUGGCUUCAUCGUUGAUGUAGGCACGGAAUCCUUCAUUAUGGCAGGAAAGUCGAAGGCCGUUAACUCAUGUCCCGAUGAUAAGUAUUUCCUUGUCCUACGGAAUACACAAGAAGGACAAAACGGGGGAACGUUUUCAAUUUCAGAUGAUGGUUCAACUCCGUACGUUGACACCAGAAAAAAGGAGUCCUUUCAUUUUGUGGACGGUUUUCAGAUUUCUUCAUACAUCUACCUGUUCUCGAAUGUACCCGAGGAGCACAACGUUCGACUUACUUGGUUCAGAGGCACAACUGGUAAAGCAGCAACUUUAAAGUCCUUCAGAGGUGCACAACUUGGGUGCUGUGAAGACAUGGAGCGCCGUCGGCUCCUGUCGUCCUCCGUGAUUCCAAGCCCCUCUGUGCCCCAAGGGAAGGUGCUGUGGGCUGGUGUGUUCACGGGAAAUCACACUCUCGAUCCCGUCAACAAUGUGCUGGCCGUCUUUGACAUCAGUCCUUCUGCUGAACAAACCACAGACCCAGACCUUUGCUUUGGAGACUGUCUACCGAACAAACCGACAACCAAACUUAUUAAACUGAAACCACUGAUGGUGGUGUUUAAGUACAGCUCCAUGACAUCCGUGUUGGCAGCGAGACACAACUCCUGGAUCAUUUUCUUCAUCGGGACACAGGACGGACAACUCAUCAAGCUUGCUGUGGAUAAAAACAACAAAGUUGCCUGUCCCAGAGUGCUCUACAAGUCAGCUGAUGACCUUCAUCUGUUUCCCAAAAUGCAUCUUGACCCAGUGGACUCCCAACAUGUGUACAUGGCACUGAGGAACGAGAUGAUGCGAGUUCCUGUGGCUCAGUGCAGUGGACACAAAAGUUUAAAGGAGUGCUGGUUGGCUCAGGACCCCUACUGUGGCUGGUGUAUGUCUGAGUCUAGAUGUUCAUUUUUGUAUGACUGCCUUCCGCCUUCUAAUUGGAUCUCCAUCCCUGAUGACUACAACCAGCAGAGAAUAGUAUCCCACCAGGUGGAGAAAGGCAGCAGUGGUGAGAAGAUCACACUUACUGCCAAGGUCCACCUGAAUGUCAUUGGGACAGAAAGUCCCUUGUUCGCCUGUAACUUUUCCGGUGAUCUGUGUGACACGGCCAGCCCUGGCCCUGAGUUUCCACAGUGCUACUGCCUCUUCUCCAGUGGCAAACUUCCUGCUAAGGGUCUGGAUGUCAGUGUCAAGAUACGGGUGGGGAAAGCGGCCCUUUCUGAGAAACUAAUGCUAACUAACUGCUCAGACAUCACCGGACCACCUACCUUUGACCUGUGUUCUCGGUGUAUGACAGCUGGAUGUAGCUGGAAUAAUAAUGCUUGUUCCUGGACUGGGUCUGCCAACUCAGGCCCAAUACAGGACAUCUGCAGACACAGCCAGUCAGGAAUGAACUACUCUGAGCCAGAGAUCGUCUCCAUAGAGCCCAGUGUUCUGUCCUUCCAUGGGAGGAACCACGCCCUGAUGACUGGGAAGAACCUGGAUCAUGUGGUCAGGGUACACAUGCAGAGUCACAUCAGCUGCCUUCCCAACGAAUCUCCUGUGUGGAACCACACCGGUUCCAAUCUGACAUUCCACAUCCCCAGCGGAGACAAAGGUUCUGUCAGUGUGUGUGUCGUGCUUCCAGACGGUCGCUGUGUGGGCAAAGCCACUGUAACUUACCGGUCCUCACCAACCUGUACCGGUUUAUCACCAGCUAACGCAUGGACCAGUGGGAACAGGAGAAUCAGUAUCCUGGGGUCCCACCUGGAAUUUGUGGAAGGGGUUGUUCAUGCCGGUCAGAUCAUCACCACACACUAUAGCUCUGGGGAACUAUGGUACCACACACCUCCUUAUGGCGUGGAAGAGGACUUGCCAGUCACCACCAGCGUGUCUCUGAGAGUGGCCAACCAGACAUUGGCCUGCGCCUCACAGCUCACCUACCACCACGACCCACAAUUCACCAGCUUCACCACAACCAGGACGGGGAACGACCUGAGGGUCACUAUUGAGAAAAAAGCUGACAAGUUCAACAUAACCCCGUCAGAGAUCUCAGUGCUGGGUGUUCUGGGAGAAAACCAGUAUGUAGAAUGUGUCAUGGAGAUCAUUGAGACGAGCAACGGGACUGACUCUGUCAUCUGUGAGAUCAAGAACACUCCUAACGUCAACAUCUUGUCACUGGAGAUAAGAAUAGGAAAUUUCACAAAAAACCUUAAGCCACCAACUACACCCUACCUGCAAGUCACCCUUGUUGUCAUCACCAUCAUCAUCAUCAUCAUCUCAGGUGUUGUUUGGUAUUUUUACAGUAAACAGAGGAAAAUGGCGGCACAGAUGAACAGGCAGCUGGAAGAGCUGGAGUGUGACAUCAGAAAUGACAUCCGGCAAGGAUUUGUGGAUAUGCAGACGGAAAGGUGUGACUUAAUUGAGAACGUUGGAGCCAUCCCGUUCUUGGACUACAAGCACUUCGCUUCCAGAAUCUUCUUCCCUGACGGUGGACCUAUGAUGACCUCCUGUAUCAAAGACAUUGGCCAGGACACAGUCAAGGUGCAGCUGGAUAUGAGCUGUCAGGCCCUGUCCAGGCUGAUCCGGGAUCAGGUGUUCCUCACCACUUUCGUCCACACUCUGGAAGAGCAGAAGAACUUCAACAUCAAGGAGAAGUGUGCAGUGGCCUCUCUGCUGACUGUGGCCCUCCAUGGUGACCUGCCCUACCUGACUCAGGUGAUGGAGGACCUUCUCAGGGCUCUGAUGGAGCAGCCCAGUAACUCCCAGGCCAAACUCAUGCUGCGACGCACCCAGUCCAUCGUAGAGAAGAUGCUCACCAACUGGAUGUCCAUCUGUCUCUACGGCUUCCUAAGGGAAAGUGUGGGCCAGCACCUUUUCCUGUUGGUGUGUGCUCUGACCCACCAGAUGUCUAAAGGACCAGUGGACUCAGUCACAGAGAAGGCUCUCUACACACUCAACGAAGACUGGUUAUUAUGGCAAGCCCAGGACUUCAGCCCAAUGAGGCUGAAGGUGCUGUUUGCCGUGGGAACAGACGGUGAGGUCAGUGAGCCCCUGGAGGUCAGUGCUCUGGACUGUGACACAGUGGAGCAGGUCAAAGAGAAGAUCCUCCUGGCCUUCAAGUCCAAGUUUGGCUUCCCCUACAACACACCUCUUAGAGAUAUACACAUUGAGUAUGAGAACAAUGGAAGGUUUGUCCCCCUAGAAGAGGUGGACGCCAGUUCAAAGGUUAUAGGGGAUGUGACCAUGCUCAACACACUCAAGCACUACAAGGUUCCAGAUGGAGCGUCCAUCAAAGUGCUCUCUAAGACCCACCCCCCUCUGAGUCCUCAGGGCAGCCUGAAAGAUGAUCAGAACUACUCCACAAAGUACUUCCACCUGAUUGAUCCUGACAUUGAACAGAACCAGAAGAACCCUGAGAGGAAGAAGCUGAAAUUGAAGGAAGUCUACCUGACCAAGCUUCUCUCCACCAAGGUGGCUGUUCACUCGUUUGUAGAGAACCUGUUCAGAGCCAUCUGGGGAACCUCCGACCUUAAAGCCCCGCCUGCUGUCAAGUACUUCUUUGACUUCCUGGAUGCCCAGGCAGAGAAUAAGAGGAUCAAUGACCCGGAUGUACUACACAUCUGGAAAACCAAUAGUCUGCCCCUGCGGUUCUGGGUGAACAUCCUGAAGAACCCCCAGUUUGUGUUUGACAUGGAGAAGACUCCACCGCUGGACGGCUGUCUGUCCGUUAUCGCCCAGGCUUUCAUGGAUUCCUUCUCUUUGGCAGAGAAGCAGUUAGGCAAGCAUGAUCCAACCAAUAAGCUACUCUAUGCCAAAGAUAUACCCCAGUACAAACAGGAAGUGAGGAACUACUACAAACAGGUCAGGAACCAGUCACCAAUCAGCAGCUCUGAGUUCCAGGAGUACCUUCGAGAGGAGUCAAAGAAACAUGAAAAUGAAUUCAAUGAAUCAGCUGCUCUCCGAGAACUCUAUAAAUACCUGCAGCAAUACUUUGACGAGAUUAAAUGCAGAUUAAAAAUGCAACUGGAUAGCAAUGGUGCUCCCAUGGACCUGAUGGAUCAACUGCAUCGUGUGAAAAGUCUGUUUGACGGCCUGAAAAGCUGUUCUUGGAACUAAGCUCACUCCCCUUAACUAACCCUUAACCUCCCCAUGCUGAAGGCCAGAAAACUGUUCUAAGGACCACUCUCCACCCAGCUGUGCGCUUUACAGACUGCUGGAAUAUGUUGCAGGACUAUAUAUAAGUAUUUCCAGGGAGGCUUUUUCAGAAUACUAAGAUGCUGAAAUUUACGUCUGGAAUGAGCAGGUUCCAAAAUCCACUCAGGAAUUUACCCAAAAGCAGGAAGUAUCCAAUUGUUAUGAAGCUGGGAUUAAAGGAGAGAGGUGGCUUUAUUCCAACUCCAAAGUUAGAGUUCUAAAUCCAUCUUAUUUUUUUCGUCCUAUCAAACCGAAAAGAUCUGGUAUUCUACACAAAGUUAAUUAUUAUAUGAGUCGUUUACUUUAAAUUUUUUCUAAAAGGAAAUUAGACUAUUACUAUUAUGUAUUAGUAAUAGUACAGAUACCAUUAGUAAUAGUAUCUGUAUUGCAAUUCAGGUUGUAAUGAAACAAAACCCAGAAUCCAGGGGUUGAGUACUUUCUGAAGGCCUUGUUAUUCAUCUAUUUUAAACUCUACCAGUGAAGAUACCCUCAGUUUUGAAUGUUCAGGAUAAAUGUGUACGUUUGAGGAUAUCCCAACCCUUUUGUCUUAAUGUUCUUAACCUCACUAACAGCCGUCCUCCACAUCACAGUAACACUGGUCACCCUGGUCACGUUCACAUUAAUGAUUUGUGCAUAAAUUUUAAGCUAUCUAAGAAAAGAACAAUCAUAUCCCAUCCAAGAAGCAUUUAGAACUAUGCCUCUCAUGGUAAUUAACUGUGCACUUUUCCAAUCUAAUCUACUUUAUGUGCGUCUGAUGAAUGAAAUGUAAAUUGUAUGUGCUGCAGUACACAAAGAUUAAAAGGUCUAUUUAUGCAUUAUA